UGAGUGUCGAAAGCUGGCUCUUCCCUCCGCUCGUCUGCUCAUGACCCGUAAAGGACAACUUUGACGACAAGGAACCAGAGAUCCGAUCACUUCCUCCGUCAUGACCAGAAAGGUGUUCACCAACACGCGCGAGCGCUGGCGCCAGCACAAUGUCAACAGCGCCUUCUCCGAGUUGCGCAAGCUUAUCCCCACGCACCCGCCCGAGAAGAAGCUGAGCAAGAACGAGAUCCUGCGGCUGGCAAUGCGCUACAUCGACUUCCUAACGCGCCUGCUCGAGAGUCAGGGCGGCGGUGGUGGCGGGCGAGUCGAGCACGCCCCUGCCGCCCUCCUCACGCUGCUGCGCGGCAACAUGGAGCAGCUGCGCUCGCCUUCGCGUCCUUGGACGCUGGCCAGUGACACCGAAGCGCCCUCCUCGCCAGGGUCCAGUUGUGGCAGCUCGGAGCCCUGGUAGGAUCACUGCCGCAAACGGACUUGCAGACCCACUGGGUCUGACAUUCUACCUUUGUGAGGACUGCACAUGAGCAGCGUUGUGUUUGUAUUGUGCAUGGAUGUAUGACUUGUUAGGUACAGUAUUUGUCUACAAAAAGGGGGGCGACUUGUCUACAAAAAGACAUUUAUCGCCGCGAACCCCUCAAAAAAAGCACUUUUAUAUCUUUUUUUCACCUCGACUGACGAGAUUGCACUGUUGUUUUUUCUUGAAGAUGUGAGGACUCGUUUUUGUACAGUUUGCAACUCAUCUCGCCAAAGAUUGAUGUAUUUUUGUUUGUCGUGACGCUAAUUCACAUAAUUAGCCUCCG